AUGUCCCGGGAUCAUUUUGUUUUUGCGGUGCUGCUGCUCCUCUGCAUGUUGUUGGUGCACUGCGGCAGUCAGGUUGUAUACGCUGAAGUCGAAGACAAAGGCGAAAAUGAACAAAAGUGGGAGCCGGGUGAUCUGCUACCCAAAAAGCAGUCGUUUGCGAAUGUAACCAUUGAUUUGAGUGCCAAAGAUGGCUUCGAUGCUGCAAAAAGUUCUUUCCGUGUCCCUGGAGUUGCUCUUGUGAAUGGUGAGGCUUUCGUCUUUUCCGAGGCGCACUCGAAAGACUCCGUUGGUGUUGCUGCUGGCAUUGCUGCAGGGAGCAUCUCGUCUGAUGCGGCAUCAGCCUCACAGGGCGGAAGAGUGAUUGAUACGGAGCUGUCGGCGUACUUUCCGAAGGAAAAUGGGUCGGGUGGAAGCGUCCCGCAUGUUACGAUGCCAACAACCAUUACGAAUGGGAGCACGGUUUACGUUCUGCUCGGAAAGUACGGCAUUCCGGGCUCUGCUGGCAACAAUAAUACACGCUACACAGACCUUCUGCUGGCAAAGGCGGUGUUCGGCGACGGUGAAACGAGCAGCGUGCAGCCAAAGAAAAUCAACUGGACUGGCACCUACGCACUGUGGCCCUAUUUCCCCAACCAGAUUUACUACAGGGGCAUAACGGAGUUGGUGGGUGGGGGAGGCACUGGUGUUAUUUUGAACGACGGGACGCUUAUCUUUCCCGUCGAGGCCAGAAAGGCAGGAGGGACGGUGGUCUCUCUCGUCCUGCAGUCAAAAAAACCUGAGAGGGAAUGGGAGCUUUCGUGGGGCACGACUAUGAGCGGCUGCUCCAACCCCGCCAUUGUGGAGUGGGACAGGUAUUAUGGGGAACUCUACAUGAUCACCUCUUGUGAUGAGGGCUUCUACAGGGUGGUGAGGUCCCGUUACUGGGGAGAAGAGUGGAUGGAGGAAGACGCGAUACUUUCUCGCCUGUGGGGCACCUCACGCAAUCGACAAAAGAAUGGCGUUCGAAGCGGCUUUACCACUGCCACCAUUUGGGGUAAGAAGCUGAUGCUCUUCACCAUGCCGGUGUAUUCGGAGGACUCAGACAACAAAGAAGUAAAGGGCCGUCUUCAUCUUUGGGUGACUGACAUGCAACGUGUGCAUGACGUUGGGCCGAUAUCUGAUGCCAAUGAGGACGCCGCUGCCAGCUCCCUGUUUUAUAAAGGUGGUGACAAGGAAGAGCUAAUUGCAGUAUACGAGAGGAAGAAAACUGGUGAAGGUGACUCCUACAGCCUUGUGUCUGUGGGCCUCACUAAACAGCUGCAACAGAUAAAGCGUGUGCUAAAGCGUUGGAAUGCAUUGAACAAGGCAUUGCAAAGGUGCCUUUCCGCUGACGGUGUCCAACCACAGAGAAGUGGCCACUGCCAGGGCCGCAUUCCCACUGAAGGGCUGGUUGGUCUUUUGUUAAACACAUUGGCUGACGGCAAAGUGUGGAAGGACGAGUACCUCGGCGUAAACGCAACUGUUCACGGGACAGUGACAAGCGAUGAGUGGGGUGUGACGUUCAACGGCGCAGGAGCGGGGGCCGAGUGGCCGGUGGGCAAACUAGGGCAGAACCAGCAGUACUACUUUGCGAACAACAAGUUCACGCUUGUGGCGACGGUGACCAUCCGCGCGGUGCCGAAUUCGGAAGGCGACGGCUCUAUUCCUUUGAUGGGUGUGAAGAUGAAUGACGGUGCCAACACUGUGCUCUUUGGUCUGUCGUACACGAAGGGCAAGAAGUGGAGUUUCAAACUCGGUAGCGCUGCUUCUACCGACUCUUCUGACACGUGGGAACUAAACACAAAGUAUCAAGUGGCACUGCAAAUGAAUUGGAAUGAUUGGACUGUGUACGUUGGUGGGAAAAAUAUUUACACAACGAAGUACGAUGGCACCCUGUUCAAGUCGAACAGAAUCUCGCAUUUCUUUUUCGGCGUAGACGACAAGAGCACAGGGGAGGUGAACAGCCCCCACGUGACGGUGACAGACGUCCUGCUGUACAGCCGCGUUUUGAGUGACGCUGAGAUCAAGGACGUUAAGGGCGGCAAUGUCACUCUUCCACCCCCUGAUGCGGAAGAUGAAAUCGAAGAGCAUCAAAGUUACCCGCCAAGCACUGAUAAUGAGGAUCCUGCUUCCAGGGUGCAGCCGCCCAGCGACGUUGUCAACGAUGCUGAACCGACGGAUGUGGAUACCGCAGCAAAUGUACCUACCGGUGAUGCUUCGGUGCCUGCGGUGCGACCACCACAACCGGGUGCACAACUCGAUGCACCGUCAGGUGGCUCCGGAACGGAAGGCGAUGAGGCCACUGCUGGCAACAAAGUCGAUGCGCAGCCCCACAAUGCAGGACCGAUGCCGGACGAUGUGCAAAAUGCGGGCAACACUAGCAACAAUGCUGAAUCGACAGAAGUGGAUACCGCGCCACAAGAAAACGCCGUUGAGGUGCCAGCUUCUGCGGUGCAACUACCACGACUGGGCGAGGACACGGGGUUGAAGCUCAACAAAAGUGCUGACGGCGCUGUACGUGGGUGUAUACCUCAAGUUGUGCUGCUCGUCCUGCUGGGACUGUGUGGCGUCACAGCAGUCUUUUGA